GUGAGAUUCCCCCAAAAUAUCAAAAAAUUCAUUCCAUUCACACAAAAAUGAGCCAAAAUUGUUCUGGAAAAUCAAAAAAAAAUCAACAAAUGAAGAUGUGGAAUUCAUGAUGUGAAAAGAUGGAAGAAUCCUGUCCAGUGAUGGAAAUAAUGAGCGAUGGAAAUAAUGAGGAAGACGGAGGCUGGUGCACCUCUGAUGAGUUCUGUUACCGCAGCUCCUAUUCCAAUCCGGCACGGCUCCGGUCGCCACCGCAGCUCAAAGGUUGGAGCCAGGUCCACGAUUGUCAUUUCCAAGGUCAUUUGACUCAGCCUCUGGAGCUUGACCUUCAGAAAUCCGCCAUUAAUGGACGCUGGGAAGCUCUAUUUUCGAGCCAGAAGCCAACGAGAAGAGAGCGUGGCCCAUUGCUGCAGAGGACUGGAACUGCUGCGAUCGACACGACUCAAAAACCCGCAGGUCAAAGACGCCCAAGACGAGCUCCACCCCCCAUCACCGCGCCGUCCACCGUCCAGGUCUGCCGGGUUUGCUCGCCAUAGCCAGCAGAGAAGUCUAGUAGCCUCUGGACGAAAUACUCCGAGCUAACGACAAGAUCCUCUCCAUUUCCGGCGGCAUGGUAACAGGACUGAAGAACUGCCUCAUUUUCUUCUUUAUUAGACCUAACGUCAGUUGAGGAUAUCAAUG